UGUUUUUGUCAAACCAGCAAACGAAGGGGAGGAAGGAGACGUGCUGCAGCCAGCAGAGGCUUUUCUUCCCCCACCAUCGUGUGAGUCCACGGUGUGAUGUCACGGAGCGGUGGCGGCUUUCCCGAUUCACUGUGCGGGAGAAAUCCCCGUGCAGCCUUCUUCCACCUCCUACUCCUACUCCUACUCCCAGCUACCCGUCUUCGCUGAUUUCUGCCGCUCCAAUUCCAUCUCUUUCCUGCUUAGAACUUCUUCCUCUGCUUCUCCCCUUCAUAGCUUUUGGUGCCUUGUCAUCGGCGACCUAACCGCCGGCGGCCGGAUAAACUAAGCUAGCCCCUUGGCUCCAAAAGUCGUCUCUCGUAGAGAGCACUUGCUCACCUGCUCCUCACGCCCCUCUGCUGGAACUGGACUUGCGCGGUGUGGAGAUCCAUCCGGACCUGGUUCGAUUUCUUCAUUUCGCUGCUAUUGACAGGAGGUGUCAUUAGGGAAGGUGUCGCCACCAUGAUUCUCAGUUAACCACAGCUAAAUGCCUUUUCUUAAUCUUUCCGGGUCGGGAACAUGCAGUUAAAUCUGACCAGUAGCUGUUGUUGGUAAAGGUUGCUUCUGUGUCCAGCGGGUGGAUCACUGGACUGUGGGUUGUGUUAACUGCAGGCUGGCUUAUCAGCCUACCCAUAAGGAAAGCGAAAAAGAGACAGCAAAGCAAUUUGUUGUCUCAUUCUUAGGAGCUGGCGAGUACUCGGCAUGGCAGAUGCUAGUUCGAGGACUGACACCUCGACUGUUGUAGACAUGGAUGAUAAGAAUCAAAGGUUAGAAAAUGGACAGGGUGGAGCUAUGGUCCUGCCUUCUAAUUCAUCUGAUCGAUCUGACAGAUCUGACAAACCUAUGGACCAAAAGGUUUUGCGACGGCUUGCUCAAAAUCGUGAGGCAGCACGAAAAAGUCGGCUGAGAAAAAAGGCAUAUGUGCAACAGCUAGAGAGCAGUAAGCUAAAACUUGCAAGCCUGGAGCAAGAACUCCAGAAAGCUCGACAACAGGGAAUCUUCAUAUCCAGUUCCGGAGAUCAAACUCAUGCUAUGAGUGGAAAUGGAGCUAUGACCUUCGAUUUAGAAUAUUCUCGAUGGCAAGAGGAUCAAAAUAAGCAGAUGAAUGAGCUGAGGACUGCAGUAAAUGCUCAUGCAAGUGAUAGUGACCUCCGUCUUAUCGUCGAUGGGAUAAUGGCACAUUAUGAUGAGAUAUUCAGGCUGAAGGGCAUUGCUGCAAAGGCUGAUGUGUUCCAUAUACUUUCAGGCAUGUGGAAAACACCUGCUGAAAGGUGCUUCUUGUGGCUUGGGGGUUUCCGUUCGUCUGAGCUUCUAAAGCUCCUUGUGAAUCAGCUUGAGCCUCUAACUGAGCAGCAAUUGAUGGGGUUAUCCAAUCUCCAGCAAUCCUCCCAGCAGGCUGAGGAUGCAUUGUCACAAGGAAUGGAAGCAUUGCAGCAGUCCUUGGCAGAAACGCUGGCUGGGUCCCUUGGUCCAUCAGGAUCUUCUGGAAACGUGGCAAACUAUAUGGGUCAAAUGGCUAUGGCCAUGGGAAAACUUGGCACACUCGAGAAUUUCCUUCGUCAGGCUGACAAUCUACGACAGCAGACCUUGCAUCAGAUGCAACGCAUCCUGACAAUCCGACAAGCCGCUCGUGCGCUUCUUGCAAUCCAUGACUACUUUUCACGUUUGCGUGCCCUGAGUUCUCUUUGGCUUGCUAGGCCACGAGAGUAACAUCACCCACGUUGGGGUCACGCCAUGGACUGAUGAUCUGUGAAUGUGGGACUGCUGGCUGCAAACUCGCAAGGCAUUUGCAGAUGACUGAAGAGUCAGCCCUCUCUGUACAAGUUGUAUUAACAUCUUCUGGUCUCAUAUUGUGCUUCAGUGUUGUACAAGUUAGGGUAAAGCUUGGAUUAACUUGUAAGUUAUCAUGAAUUUAUGAUUGACAUAUUGUAUAAUUGUAUUAGCAAUAAAAAUAGAAGUACAUAAGUGCUGGAAGGAUAUUCGCUUAUCCAGCGUCUAUAUUGGUUG